GAACACAUCAAAAUGUUUUGGUCUAAGGGAAACAUGGGAAGCUUUUUACUUUUUUAUCGGUUUUAGUCUAAGAUGCUACAAAACCGGUUCAUAUUUUGUACAUGGGAGCAACACAUCAAAUGGAGUUUGAAGAACUGAUCAUGCCGAGCUUUUUCAAACACUCGAAAAAAGAUAAUAACAUCGAAAAUACAGUCUACUUUAACUCCAAGUAUGCAUCAAAUCCCAAAGUGUUGGAAGGGAAAAUGCUUGGGAGGAACAAAUAUUAAAUGCAUCAAUGUAUUUACCGUGAUUUGAAGGUCGAUAUUGUAUUGGAUGGGAGAACAUUGAUUAAGGGUGGAGGCAUAAACUUUUCCGGUCUCACUAAAAUUGUCAUUUAUCCUUUAAUUUAUGGAGAAGCGAAUUCCAACCACCAUGAUCGAUUCAAUGCAAGCAUUGGCGACAAUUUCACCGACUUCAAUAAUCCUGAAUACCAAGACAGCACCUGUUUGUUGCAUUAUUUUCGUCAAGAUAGCAUUCAAAAUCUUAUCAAGGCGCACGAGCACGCGGGACUGUUGUAUGGGACGCGAGAAAACACAAGGUCUCCUGUGCACCAGCGCCACCCUCGAUCUAUCCCCGACCAUCAGAUCGAUGGAGUGAAGGGUGAGGGAUAUAUAUAGAGAAGGGGGCUUUGAGAUGGGGGAAUUCUUUACUUUGCUUGUUUGUUUUUUUAGGGGGAUUAUUUAGCUGAGGGAGUUUAGUCUUUUUUUGAAUGACUUGUUUUUAUAGGUUCUUUUUCAUAAAUCAUGAUGGUGAAGUGUUACAUUCUAACUUUAACAUAAUUAUUUCCGAUCAAAAUAUGUAUUAUCCCUCACCUAAUUCUCUAAGAGAGUAUUUCAUUUAGGAAUUCGAGUGACAUUUUCAAACAUUUUGAUAUUUGAAAUUCUUUAAAAUUUAGAAACCUG